AGGAUUGAUAAUGGACAAACGAUGCGUACGUGUCAUCAAUUAUCAUCUUGAUUAUCAUUCCUCACUCUGCCGUGGCCGUGCGUGCGCGUGCUUUGCUCGUCUUGUACAAGUGCCAGUGUAAAGUGGACACUCUCGUGUUUUGCCAACGGCACGCCGGCCGGCUUUUUGCAUAAACCCGUUUUUAGUUGGUCGCUUGCGCGUGCUGCAAUUGCAAUUCAAUUCAAUUUUCGCAUUACAAAACAAACAAAAAUGUCAACAAACAAGAGCGAUGUGUGUGUGCCGGUGUUGGAACAUUCGUCAUUCCACCAAUACAUGGCAACACCCAAUUUUCCCCCCACCCCUCCGCGUUUCGUACGUUUGCUCAGCUGUUUUUCAAAUGAAUUUUCCUGCGCUCCCAAAUUCGUUGUUCGUUGCACGGGCAGAGUGAACAUUAUUGGAGAGCACAUAGAUUAUUGUGGCUAUCCCGUUUUCCCUAUGGCUAUUGAGCAAUCUAUUCUAUUGGCAGUUGCUCCUUCAAACGACAAUUUGUUGCACAUAAAAAAUGUCGACAGCAGCUUCAAACCAUACAAGUGCAACGUUCUUAACUUUAGCAUUGAUGUCCCAAGCUCCGGUGGCCCCAGCUGGUAUCAAUAUGUGUUGUGUGGCGUUAAGGGAAUCUUAAGCAACUCGAGUAUAAAUCACGAAGAACCUUGUGGAAUGUUCAUCAUGCUAUCGGGAAAUAUUCCACCCGCUUCCGGAUUGUCUAGCUCCAGUGCCAUUGUGAGCGCAUCCGUUUUAGCAACUGCUUACAUGCACAAUACGACUCUUAAAAAAGAAACACUAGCUACAGUUUCAGCUGAAUGCGAAAAGUUCAUCGGAACCCAGGGAGGCGGUAUGGACCAGGCAAUCGCUUAUCUGGCCCAGGAAGGGUGCGCUCAAUUGAUAGAGUGGAAUCCUCUUCGAGCGACUCCUAUACAGUUGCCAGCAAAUGCUGUGUUUGUUAUUGCAAACAGCUUAUCAGAGGCUAACAAGGCUGCAACGUCCGACUUUAAUCAGCGAGUAGUCGAAUGUCGACUAGCCUGCAGAGUUCUGGCUAAACAGAUGAAGCUGAACUGGCGGACUCUGUGUCGAUUUGCCGAUCUGCAGAAAGCUCUAGGCUAUACUCUGGAGGAUAUGGAAAGCCUGGUGAACAGCAACCUAACACAACUUUCAUACACCAGACCGGAGAUUUUAAAGAUGCUAGAGGUUUCCGAUGAAGACUUCUCAGAAAAUCUACUUACUGCCAAUACGCGCACUGCUCAAACAUUCAAGCUCAAGCAACGUGCCCUUCACGUGUUCCAAGAGGCUCUGCGCGUUGAACAGUUUAUUAAAAUAGCGAAAACCACGCCAGCCGAUGCUAUCGAUCGUAUGAAAACACUUAUGAGGCAAAGCCACGAAAGCCUGAAGACGCUUUAUGAAUGUUCACACGAAAACUUAGACAAAAUCGUACAACUUGCUGACAGCAAUGGAAUUGGAACUCGACUCACAGGGGCAGGAUGGGGAGGUUGCACCGUCGCACUGUGUGAUGGUUUGGAAGAAAGUAAGCGUUUCAUCGACGUGUUAAAAAAGGAAUUCUAUUCAAACCUUGCCUCUUCACAAUCCGAUCAGAUCGAUGCUCAUAUUUUUGCAACAAGCCCGCAAAGAGGAGCAGAAAUUUACUUAAUCGGAAAAUCGUAAUGCUUUUUAGAAAAAUCCCUGUGCCAUCAAUCUAUUCGAGUGGCGUGUCUUCGGUUACCACGCUACUAGCACAGUAGCUCCAGUUUGAAUGGAAUUUACAAAUAAUGACUAUCGAAAUGAUUACUUGAUUCAUUGCAGCAUUUCGUUUCUACUGAAAGAAA